AUGGCAAGAUACUACAUUGCCAAAUCAACCCUCCACAUGUGCAAUGGCUCCAAAAUCCCGUUAUCAUCACCUCAUUUGAAGUCUAUUAAGCUUGGAUACCUCGAUAUUCUUAAAGAUGACUGGAUUGUGCUCAUACGGAACCUUCGUUUCAAACACAGUGGAGACACUUAUCUUGAGGGAACCAAUUUUUCAGAUCGGCAAGCAGAACUUUUGCUUGAAUGUCUUUCAUACUGUGCAAGCGUUCAACCUACAUCUUAUAGUGGCGAUGAAAAAAUGAAAUCGGUAGCGCUCAAAACACUGAAGAUCGAGGGAUCUCUGGUCCACUGCUCCUGUGUUGACUGGAUUUGUAGCCCAAGUACACGCAUUAUUGCCAGAUUGCGAGUUAAAAGGUCUGAGAGUAUGGCAACAGCAACAACAAAAAGAAGCAGAAAUUCUGGCAUUUACAUUCUUCCUAGUCACCGUAAUGAGUACAUUUACCUUUCACUUUAG